UUUGUCCUCCUUUUCAUUGGCUUGUUACUGGUUGGAGGGAAUCGGUGUGUGUGUGUGUGUGCACUGUACUUACGCAACAGCGAGCUUCUGUCGGCGGCGGGUUCGCGAGGCAAGGACGAAAUUAAAGCAGGCAUUUUUGUAUUCCAUUUUUGUCUAAUCCCACUGAUUUCUGAGGGGAUUACCGGACCAAUCAUGACUGAGAGACCGCUGGCUCGCCUGACACUGCUCGGACUGGGAGCUCUGCAGACAGUGAGUGGAAACACAACCUAGGAUGUGGAGAAAUCUUCUUUUAUUUGAUUUUGAUUUUGAUUUUUUUUUAUCCCGCGGGGACAGUUGCUUGUUCUUCUUGCUCAUGCUGUGAACCGACCUGAGGAUUCAUGCAGCCAUAUCUGGCGCAGGUUCUUUUUUUUUAGGGCAACUUUAAUUUGUGCAGCUGAGUCACAAUUUAUGGCAACUUUCUCAUGAUGGUCAACGCUGGAGUUGUGUUUUGAAGUCCUCACGAAAUAUCCAGAAUCUGUCUGGACUCUUUUGUGCAUGACCAGCUCAUGGAGGAAGAGAAAGACUCUGAAAACAUCCCUGCAAAAUCCAGUUCCCCUUUACCCACCGGGAUCCCCAUCAACUGGGGCCUCAUCACCGGCCCGGUCCCCGAGCCCGUUUUCCCGACACCCUCUUUGAACGCCUCACUCCCUCCUUCUCAGAGUUCGGCCGUGCACGCGCUCCAGACCAAGGUGAAGUCUCUCACACAGAGAAGGACAAGAGGGAGAGACAGAGAGCGAGACAGAGAAAGGUUGGACCCAGAUGUGCCGGUGAGCAGCCCAGUUGGGCAGAUUUCCUCUGAGGUCCUUCUCAGACAGCGUCCCAGAGCCAAAGGUCAGCUACCUCUUCCUGCUUCCGCCUGGCGAUCAGGUGCUGCAAAGGUCUUAAGCAGCAGUGAUGAAGAGGAGGAAGUAGAGGUGCUGGUGAGGUUGGAGAUCCACAGUCCUCCGGCUGAAGCACAAACAGAGCAGAGUGGAGAGGAGACUGAAGAAAAGACAUCAGACAAAAAUGAAGGCCAGGUCAGUUUUCAGACUGAGCAGCCUUGUGGACUCAGGGAGGGCACCAGUCUGGAGAGUCUUCUGUCUUCUGACAACUCAAGCAGCAGUAAGGAUGACCCGUCCACUCCUCCUCCUCUACCUGUGCUCUCCUCCACUCCUGCUGCCGCCUCUGCUUCUACAACACCUUCGACUUCUUCCUCUUCAACGAGACACUGGGCACCUCCGAAGGGCUUCUGGAGAGUAGCGCGACCAGAGACAUUGCUCCUUAAUGGCGUGGGCCCUCACAGCACAUCCUCCACUUUACCUCUGAAGGACUACACUCAGAUAGACGCACUGGCAGAAGCUCAGAGGAAGACUAAACCGGCCGAAACGGGCAGCAGGAAUGACGUGGGAGCUGCGGCGGAAGAAUGCGAAGCAUCGUCAGAAAUCAAACACUCGGAUAGUGUGGAGUGCUACCUGGACAGGUGUGAGCAGAAGGAGACGGACAUGGGCGAUCCCAGCAGAGAGCUGUGCAGUUCAGACAGCUGGGAGAGCAUGUGUUCACAAAGCAGCGUGCUCUGUGCUGAUGAGAGGGUGAAGGUGAAGGAACGGGCCUAUGCAAAGUUAAGGGAAAGACAACAGAACUGCAGGGAGGAGAGAGAACAACAUGGAGGAGAAAGUGCUGGUUAUUAUGGAGACACAGCACACAGAGUGGAGCAGAAAGGUGCCCACGGUGUUCUGGACAGCUCAGACUCAGUCAUUCUUGCUCAGGAACUUGAACCCUACUUAAGGUCACUGCUUGUAAUCAGCGAUGAACUACCUCUAAGCCCAAGACACGAGCAGGCCAAACGUCUUCUGGAGCGAGCCAGACUCAAAGCUCGCUCCAACCACGUUAAAGGCGACCGACCCAGCAGACGCUCUCAUUCUGAUCAGAGAGCCUCAGUAAAGAAGCAGCAGGUUGAAUCUCCCAGUCCGACAAGAGUGCAGAAAGCUGUUCAAACCAAAGAAGACCUUCCGCCUCAAACUGCAUCUGGUCCCCUCCUCGUCCCCACUCAGAGAGACACUUCCCCCGGUGACUCUGGAGGUCGAUCCAGGCGGUACGGUUGUUCGCCCACCCGUGUGCGCUUUGAGGACGAAUCAGAGAAAGAGGCAGAGUCUCGUUACCUGGAUAGAGUGAGACAGCGUGGAAGGCCUGGGAUGCCCAAAUCCAAGAGUAAAGAAAGCAACACAGAUUCUAGCAGCAGCGGCUCAGAGAGAAGCAGAAGCCACAGAAGCGUGUCUAUGCCUUCUUCACAGAAGCAGGAAGACGUGGGUGUUAGUGUUGAAACCACAACAGUCAUUAAAGAGAUAAUAGUGCUGGUGAAGAAAUGUGAGGCAUGCGGCUCCGUAGUCAGGGAACCUCAACCAGUCUCCUCACCUUCAGAUCCACAAAACGCUGAGCCACUGCCGUCUGGAAACCCUGAAGAGCCACGGGGGAAAGCACCUCCUCGCCAUGCGCCUUCGAACAAAGCGGAGGCAAGCACUCGUCCCAAAGCUCCUCUUACUGUCACCUUUGUCGGAGCUUACGUGCUGGGGGAAAAUAAAGAAAGCAGCACAGGGUGGAAGUCGUCAGGGUUUGGGAAGCUUAGGAGACGGAGUAGAAAAGGAGAAAGUCGGUUGGAGUCUGGACACGGCCCCUACGGCCCGUCAUGGGCUCAGCGGCGUAACUCAAAUCCAAGGAAUAGGGUCAACCUGAGCAGAGCUGUUUCAUUUGCUCCUGGGAGCCCUAUUGCUCUGGAGCCACGUCUGUUGGAAGCAUCUGGAGGACUACGGGAGUCACCUCCUCCAUCGCUGCCCAUCAAGUCAGCGCUGAAGUCGAGCUCAAGAAAUCGCUCUGCCGCAGGUCAGUCCUCGGUUCAGUUCCAGGUGGCCUCAAGUCAGGGAGGAGAGAGCGGAUCUCAGUCCCUCCUGGACUCUCCAGAGUCAAGAAGGGAGUCUCCAGUGUCUUUAACCCAGGGGGCGGCUGCAGCUAGCAGCUCAGUGCCCUGUAUCCGGCCUUCCACUCUGAGGUACUCCGCUGCUAGACUCCCCACAGACCUGCCAGCUGCUGAACUCUGGGACGCCACUCCAGACGGAGCAGCAGGUCUGAGUGGAGACGCUGGUCCUGGUUCAGAGAGCCGUGCUCUGCGGGGCCUGGCCAUGUCUCGGGCUGAAGAUCUCAGAGCUGAGCUGCUGAGAGCUGAACAUCUGAAAGCUGAGGCCAUAUGGGAGGAAAACACUGACGGGUCCAGAAAGGUGGAUGGACGGCCCAAGCUCUUCCUGCGUCGCUUCUUUUCUUCCAUCGGCCUGAACAGCGUUGGUCGACUUGUGAAAGGAGCCCGCUCCAGUAGCAUGGAACAGCUCAGCAUCCCCACAGCCCCCCGGGCGAGCUCAGCUUCACCGAGCCCGACGCGCAGACCUCAGCCCACCAUCCGCAUACAGAGGACGCCCUCACUGCAGACGCUGCACACGGUGCUGCCACUGGCCCAACUGCGUAAAGCCUCCUCUGUGCAGAGUUUAGAGAGAAGAACAGAGCGCUCAACAAUACUUGGAGAGGUGCAGAUACCGUAUGGCCUGGCACCCAGCCCUGAUAGCCCUCAGCUCGACCUUCACCGGGCACUCAGCGUUGAAGAUGUACUCUCCUCGAGGAUGGUGCGUCCCGUUGGCCGGGUCACGCAGGCUUUCCCUGAUGGAACUCUCCUCCUGGAGCUCAUCAAACCCCCAAACGGUCCUUUUGGUUUCGUCAUUUCAAGAGGCAAAGGUCGACCAGACACAGGUGUUUAUGUUGAGAAAGUGGGCGACGGUGGUGGUGAAGGCCCGUACAUCGGCCUCCUCGGCAUCGGUGAUGAAAUUCUGCAGGUGAACGGGGAGGCCGUGGCUGGACUCAGCUUGGACCAGGUGACGCGGCUCAUGACCCGGGAGAGCACCGCUUCCCUUCGGAUCAUGCCGGCCCGACGAAUUCAACGCUGACAGGCACGGACAGACCUGGCACGCCGCCCCCCACUCUCUCUCUCUCUCGGAUAGUAACUGACCACUCCAGACACAACGGAUUGACUGUAACAUAUAGAUGUGACAUAUAGUCCAGUGCAGCUUCACACACGCUUACAUGCAACAACAGGGUUAGAGGUUCAGUUUUCAUAAUGCAAACCAAUGCUAGAUGAUGUGCCACUGCAAGUGUAGCAAAAAUAACCAAAUUACAAAACCAAACAGCAGUACCAAUGAUAGUUAGAAACUCAGAAUAUAUUUCUAAUCAGUAGUUAGAACAAUUAAAAUCCAGCACAGUUAGUUUUUUAUAGCCAGAUUUAGAUGAAUAGGGAAAGAUUUAUACAACCCCAUUGUUAUUUCUUUAAAUCACACAAUGUAUGGCGUCCUAAAUUCUCUACAACAUAUUUUAAAAUUGUGUAAAUUGUCAUGUUGUAUAUUUUUUCACGUGAUCUUUAGGGAUGUGCCACAUGUUAGCAUGAGCCCUCCUCGCUAAAGAACUCUGUGCACAAGCAAGGAAAAAAAGAAAAAAAGCAUUUAUCAUAUUUGUUUUCAGUGCAUCAGCGUCUGCACGGUCCCUUCCUUAUGCUUGUGCUGUGUCACCUGUUCUCUAUGAACUCGAUGCCCACAUGCUUCUAAAUAAAAAGUGUUUCAUUUUGUCAAACUUUU